UUAGCAAAGCUAGGUGAGCAUUUCCGAUUCUGUGCUGUUCAUUUGUGCGACUUUGCGUAUUUUCGAAGUUGGUUGGUUGUUUCGUGAAGUUACGCUCACAAGUUAGAGUUUAGAACACAUACUUUGAAAAUCUUCUGCAAACCUGUUCUUUGUCGUCAUAUAUGGCGCAUCACUGACACUGAAUAUUCCCAAAUUUAAUAGGCAGCGGCAGUCCGUGAUCUGUGUUUAUGCUGUUGUGUACUCUCAAAUAAAUAUUUUUAUCAGUGUUCCUUUACAAAAAUGAAUUCACUUGCAAGGGUGGCAAAUACAUCCAGGGGAUGUGUGACAGCCCUCUCGCAGCAGCUGAGCGCGCUGCAGGUUCGCCACCAGGGCACCGAGACGCCGCGCGCGCACGGCAACCUCAGCGACGAUGACCGAAUUUUCACCAACCUGUACGGCCGACACGACUGGCGGCUGAAGGGCGCCCUCAGCCGCGGCGACUGGUACAAGACCAAGGAGAUCCUGCUCAAGGGAGCCGACUGGAUCCUCGGCGAGAUCAAGGCGUCGGGUCUGCGCGGCCGAGGCGGCGCCGGCUUCCCCACCGGCAUGAAGUGGAGCUUCAUGAGCAAGCCGCCAGAUGGCAGGCCCAAGUACCUGGUGGUCAACGCCGACGAGGGCGAGCCGGGCACCUGCAAGGACCGCGAGAUCAUGCGCCACGACCCUCACAAGCUGGUGGAGGGCUGUCUGGUGGCCGGCCGGGCCAUGGGCGCACGCGCCGCCUACAUCUACAUCCGCGGAGAGUUCUACAACGAGGCCAGCAACAUGCAGCUAGCGAUCAACGAGGCCUACAAGGAGGGCCUGCUGGGCAAGAACGCCUGCGGCUCGGGGUACGACUUUGACGUAUACAUGCACCGCGGCGCUGGCGCCUACAUCUGCGGAGAGGAGACGGCGCUGAUCGAGUCGCUGGAGGGCAAGCAGGGCAAGCCGCGCCUGAAGCCGCCCUUCCCGGCCGACGUGGGGGUGUUCGGCUGCCCCACUACGGUGGCAAACGUGGAGACGGUGGCCGUGGCGCCGACCAUCUGCCGCCGAGGAGGCACCUGGUUCGCGGGCUUCGGCCGGCCGCGUAACACGGGCACCAAGCUGUUCAACAUCUCGGGCCAUGUCAACAACCCGUGCACCGUCGAGGAGGAGAUGUCCGUGCCACUCAAGCAGCUGAUUGAGCAGCACGCGGGCGGCGUGAUCGGCGGCUGGGACAACCUGCUGGCGGUCAUUCCCGGCGGCUCGUCCACCCCCAUCAUCCCGCUCGAUGUGUGCUCGGACGUGCCGAUGGACUUUGACGGCCUGCUGAGCGCCGGCACCGGCCUCGGCACCGCCGCCGUCAUCGUCAUGAACAAGCAGACCGACCUGAUCAAGGCCAUCGCGCGCCUCAUCACCUUCUACAAACACGAGUCGUGCGGCCAGUGCACGCCCUGCCGCGAGGGCACCGGCUGGAUGGACAAGGUCAUGUGGAGGUUCGUCGAGGGUAACGGCCGUCCGGAGGAGAUCGACAUGCUUUGGGAGCUCACCAAGCAGAUCGAGGGGCACACCAUCUGCGCACUGGGAGACGGCGCCGCCUGGCCCGUCCAGGGCCUGAUCCGACACUUCCGACCGAUGAUUGAGGAGCGUAUGCAGCAGCACGCGGCGGCGCAGGCCGAGCGGCAGGCGGCCUCCCAGGCGGCCGCGUCUCAGUAGAGCCGUCCCUCGGGUGGGCAGGCAGGAGCGGCGAGGGCAGGGGUAACAUCUGGUGAGAGCCCGCUAAUGGGAGACCGGCUGGCGGACCGUCUGCAGUGCCGCGUCUCUUGUAGAUUUUAUCUUAGUCAUAAAGGUAGCCUGACAAACGCCUGGAAGAAUAUGUUCGGUGAUGUGCAGAUUCAUGUGACUUGAAUCUUGCAGAUGGCGUUAGAUGGCAAGGUGUGACCGUUUUCGGUCGAUCCUUGAGGCCAGCUUGGCCCCGUCUCUAUUCGCCGCGUAGCUGCUCGUCUGCUCUUGCCGACCUUGCCGCGCUAACCGGAACCUAGCCUCUGCGCGGGUGUUGGCCGCGGGUGUGCGGACUGUGUGUAUAUAUUAGCCUCGGUGGUGCCCUGCGCACCUGCCCAGGACGCGGCCCACCCAGUCUGCCGCGUCAGGUCGGCGGGGUGGGGCUGAGCCGGCCGAGAGAGGUCAGCAAGGCGCGGGUCCUGAGGUACGUGUGACGGGGAUCGCCCGAGGCUAUGUAGAAUAUAUCGAACCGGAAAAGAGAAA